UCUUGAUAUUUUGGAAGCCACAAGAAAAAAUAGAUUAGGGGAAAGUUUGGCCUUUUUAGUGGACAUGGCUCAGAUAUCCAACAACAGUGGAUUUAAACAGAGUUCAUCUCCUUCCCAUCCGGAACCAACAAGAACAAAAGAUGUGGACAAAGAAGAAGCAUUGCAAAUGGAAGCAGAGGCUUUAGCAAAACUGCAAAAGGAUAGACAAGUGACUGACAAUCAGAGAGGCUUGCCGUUGUCAAGUAGCACAAGACAAAGAGCACAAGUUUUUAACGCACAGGAUUAUGAUCUCAUGGUGUUUCCUGAAUCAGAUUCCCAAAAAAGGGCAGUAGAUAUUGAUGUAGAAAAGCUCACGCAAGCUGAACUUGAGAAACUAUUGCUGGAUGACAGUUUUGAAACUAGAAAAACACCUAUAUUGCCAGUUGCUCCUGUUCUGAGCCCCUCAUUUUCAGCACAGCUCUAUCUUAGACCCACUAUUCAGAGAGGACAGUGGCCACCUGGAUUAUCUGGGCCUUCUACCUACACCUUACCUUCUGUCUAUCCUUCAGCUUACAGUAAACAGGCUGCAUUCCAGAAUGGCUUCAAUCCGAGAAUGCCUCCCUUUCCAUCUACAGAACCUAUAUAUUUAAGACUUCCAGGACAGUCUCCAUAUUUUUCAUAUCCUUUGACACAUGCUACACCCUUUCAUCCACAAGGAAGCUUACCAAUAUAUCGGCCGCUAGUCAGUCCUGACAUGGCAAAGCUAUUUGACAAAAUAGCUAGUACAUCAGAAUUUUUAAAAAAUGGGAAAGCAAGGACUGAUUUGGAAAUUAAUUCAAAAGCCACAGUCAGCAAUCUACAGGUAUCUCCAAAACCUGAGGAUAUCAGCAAAUUUGACUGGUUAGACUUGGAUCCUUUAAGUAAGCCUAAGGUGGACAGUGUGGAAGCAUUAGAUCAUGAAGAGAAAAAUGUUCCAUGUUUGCUAGCAGAGGAUCCUUGGGAUGCUGUUCUUCUUGAAGAGAGAUUACCAGUAAGUUGUCAGCUGGAAAGAAAAGUGAAUGGAAAAUCCCUUUCUGGGGCAACAGUAACAAGAAGCCAGUCAUUAAAUAUUCGAUCAACUCAACUUACAAAAUCCCAGGGCCAAAUGUCUCAGAAAGAUCCAAAUGGGACCAGUAGUUUGCCAACUGGAAGUUCUCUCCUACAAGAACUUGAAGUACAGAAUGAGGAGGUGGCAGCUUUUUGUCAAUCCAUUACAAAAUUGAAGACCAAAUUUCCAUACACUGAUCACUGUACAAAUCCAGGCUAUUUGUUAAGUCCGGUCACGGUGCAAAGAAACAUAUGUGGAGAAAAUGCUAGUGUGAAGGUCUCCAUUGAAAUUGAAGGCUUUCAACUGCCAGUUACCUUUACAUGUGAUGUGAGCUCUACUGUGGAAAUCAUUAUAAUGCAAGCCCUUUGCUGGGUGCAUGAUGAUUUGAAUCAAGUGGAUGUUGGCAGCUAUGUUCUGAAAGUUUGUGGUCAAGAGGAGGUGCUGCAGAAUAAUCAUUGCCUUGGAAGUCAUGAGCAUAUUCAAAAUUGUCGAAAAUGGGACACAGAGAUUAAAUUACAACUCUUGACCUUCAGUGCAAUGUGCCAGAAUCUAGCCCGAAUAGCAGAAGAUGAUGAAACCCCUGUGGAUUUAAAUAAACAUCUGUAUCAAAUAGAAAAACCUUAUAAAGAAGUCAUGACAAGACAUCCUGUUGAAGAUCUCUUAGAUUCAUAUCAUAACCAAGUGGAACUGGUUCUUCAAAUUGAAAACCAGCACCGAGCCAUAGAUCAACUAAUUAAAGCUGUAAGAAAGAUCUGUAGUGCUUUAGAUGGUGUAGAGACUCCUGCCAUUACAGAAUCAGUAAAGAAGCUAAAGCGAGCAGUUAACCUGCCAAGGAAUAAAAGUGCUAAUGUGACCUCACUAUCUGGAAGAGGAGAUGAUAGCAAGAGCUCAACUGGAGGUAUGUCUUUUGGUUCUUUAAAUUUUAGCAAUUAUUGUUGCUUUCUCAGAGAAUUAACAUUUUCUUUCAAUUUAGGCUCACUGACUCCUGAAAAUCCUGUUCAAGUAAGCACUGACCAGUUAACUGCGGCAGUUUAUGAUCUUCUUAGACUUCAUGCAAAUUCAAGUAGGAGUUCCUGCACCCCAAGUAGCAGGAAUAUCAAGGAAGCAUGGUCUACGACGGAACAGCUUCAGUUUACUAUUUUUGCUGCACAUGGAAUUUCAAGUAACUGGGUAUCAAAUUAUGAAAAAUACUACUUGAUAUGUUCUCUAUCUCACAAUGGAAAGGAUCUUUUUAAACCCAUUCAGUCAAAGAAGGUUGGCACUUACAAGAAUUUCUUCUAUCUUAUUAAAUGGGAUGAACUAAUCAUUUUUCCCAUCCAGAUAUCACAAUUGCCAUUGGAAUCACUUCUUCAUCUUACUCUUUUUGGAAUUUUAAAUCAGAGCAGUGGAAGUUCCCCUGAUUCUAAUAAGCAGAGAAAGGGACCAGAAGCUUUGGGCAAAGUUUCUUUGCCUCUUUUUGACUUUAAACGGCUUUUAACAUGUGGAACUAAACUUCUGUAUCUUUGGACUUCAUCACAUACAAAUUCUAUUCCUGGAACUGUUCCCAAAAAAGGAUAUGUCAUGGAAAGAAUAGUGUUACAGGUUGAUUUUCCAUCUCCUACAUUUGAUAUUAUUUAUACAGCUCCUCAAGUUGACAGGAGCAUUACACAACAACACAACUUAGACACACUGGAAAAUGACAUAAAAGGGAAACUUCUCAGUAUUCUUCACAAAGAUUCAUCACUUGGACUUUCUAAAGAAGAUAAAGCCUUUUUGUGGGAAAAACGUUAUUAUUGCUUCAAAUACCCAAAUUGUCUUCCUAAAGUACUAGCAAGUGCUCCAAACUGGAAAUGGGUUAAUCUUGCCAAAACUUACUCACUGCUUCACCAAUGGCCUCCAUUGUGCCCACUGGCUGCCUUGGAGCUUCUUGAUUCAAAAUUUGCUGAUCAAGAAGUGAGAUCCCUAGCUGUGACCUGGAUUGAGGGCAUUAACGAUGACGAGCUAACAGAUCUUCUUCCACAGUUUGUGCAAGCUUUGAAAUAUGAAAUUUACUUGAAUAGUUCAUUAGUACGCUUCCUUCUGUCCAGGGCAUUGGGAAAUAUCCAGAUAGCACACAGUUUAUAUUGGCUUCUCAAGGAUGCCCUGCAUGAUACACAGUUUGGUACCCGAUAUGAGCAUGUGUUGGGUGCUCUCCUCUCAGUAGGAGGAAAAGGACUCAGAGAAGAACUUUCUAAGCAGACAAAACUUGUACAACUUUUAGGAGGAGUGGCAGAGAAAGUAAGGCAGGCUAGUGGAUCAGCCAGACCGGUUGUCCUUCAAAGGAGUAUGGAACGAAUACAGUCCUUUUUUCUGAAAAAUAAAUGUCGUCUCCCUCUCAAACCAAGCCUAGUGGCAAAAGAGUUAAAUAUUAAGUCAUGUUCUUUCUUCAGUUCUAAUGCUGUGCCCCUAAAAGUCACAAUGGUGAAUGCUGAUCCUAUGGGAGAAGAAAUUAAUGUCAUGUUUAAGGUUGGUGAGGAUCUUCGACAAGAUAUGUUAGCUUUACAGAUGAUAAAGAUUAUGGAUAAGAUCUGGCUUAAAGAAGGACUGGACCUGAGGAUGGUAAUUUUCAAAUGUCUCUCAACUGGCAGAGAUCGAGGCAUGGUGGAGCUAGUUCCUGCUUCAGAUACCCUCAGGAAAAUCCAAGUGGAAUAUGGUGUGACAGGAUCCUUUAAAGAUAAACCACUUGCAGAGUGGCUGAGGAAAUACAAUCCUUCAGAAGAAGAAUAUGAAAAGGCUUCUGAGAAUUUUAUCUAUUCUUGUGCUGGAUGCUGUGUGGCCACCUAUGUUUUAGGCAUUUGUGAUCGACACAAUGAUAAUAUAAUGCUUCGAAGCACAGGACACAUGUUCCACAUUGACUUUGGGAAGUUUCUGGGCCAUGCACAGAUGUUUGGUAGCUUCAGAAGGGAUCGGGCUCCUUUUGUGCUUACCUCUGAUAUGGCUUACGUCAUUAAUGGCGGUGAAAAGCCCACCAUUCGUUUCCAGUUGUUUGUGGACCUCUGCUGUCAAGCCUACAAUUUGAUAAGAAAACAAACAAACCUCUUUCUUAACCUCCUUUCACUGAUGAUUCCUUCGGGAUUACCAGAACUUACAAGUGUUCAAGAUUUGAAAUAUGUUAGAGAUGCACUUCAACCCCAAACUACAGAUGCUGAAGCUACAAUUUUCUUCACUAGGCUGAUUGAGUCAAGUUUGGGAAGCAUUGCCACAAAGUUUAAUUUCUUCAUUCACAACCUUGCUCAGCUGCGUUUUUCUGGUCUCCCUUCUAAUGACGAGCCCAUCCUUUCAUUUUCACCCAAAACGUACUCCUUUAGACAAGAUGGUCGUAUCAAGGAAGCAUCUGUUUUCACAUACCAUAAAAAGUACAACCCAGAUAAACAUUAUAUUUAUGUAGUCCGACUUUUGAGGGAAGGACAGCUUGAACCAUCAUUUGUAUUCCGGACAUUCGAUGAGUUUCAAGAACUUCAUAAUAAGCUCAGUAUUAUUUUUCCACUUUGGAAGUUACCUGGCUUUCCUAAUAGGAUGGUUCUAGGAAGAACACACAUAAAAGAUGUAGCAGCCAAAAGGAAAAUUGAGUUAAACAAUUAUUUACAGAGUUUGAUGAGUGCUUCAACAGAUGUAGCAGAGUGUGAUCUUGUUUAUACUUUUUUCCAUCCUUUACUUCGUGAUGAGAAAGCUGAAGGGAUAGCUAGGUCUGCAGGUGCAGGUCCCUUUAGUCCUACUCCUGGUCAAAUAGGAGGAGCAGUGAAGUUAUCAGUUUCAUACCGAAAUGGUACUCUUUUCAUCAUGGUGAUGCACAUCAAAGAUCUUGUUACCGAAGAUGGGGCAGAUCCAAAUCCAUAUGUCAAAACAUACCUUCUUCCAGAUACCCACAAAACAUCUAAACGUAAAACAAAAAUUUCACGAAAAACUAGGAAUCCAACAUUCAAUGAAAUGCUUGUGUACAAUGGAUAUAGCAAAGAAACUCUGAGACAGAGAGAACUUCAGCUAAGUGUACUCAGUGCAGAGUCUCUACGGGAGAAUUUUUUCUUGGGUGGAAUAACACUGCCUUUGAAAGAUUUCAACUUAAGCAAAGAGACAGUUAAGUGGUACCAACUGACUGCAGCUACUUACCUGUGAACUAGUGAAUUUCUGAGCUUUGGAAGAAAGAAGAUACAAAUAUUUGCACAGAUGAGUACACACACAUAUACUUCUGAACUUUGUAUAAAAUUUUUUAUACUUGGGUAGAAAUUAUAAAUAUACUUGCUGUAUUUCAGCACAUCUGUUGGACCAAUAGUCACAUAACUUUUAUAUAUUUUGGGAAGCCAUUGCUGUUUUAAAAUCAUUUAUUAAAUGCUACAAAUUCUAAACGUAAUAUAUAAUAAGUCCUGAAAAAGACUGAGAUAGUAAUGUCAGGUCAGCCACCUAUUUUGCAAUUUUUCACAUGCAGAAUAGCACAUUUAUUUGCCUGUUAAGCACCUUUCACAGCCUUUACCACCGUGUAUGUUCACAAGCACCAAAGUAAAGGAACAUGCAGAAUGUUACUAGAAAAUGCAGCUGCUAUUCACAGGGCUACAAAGAGAAGCACAAAUAAUAGAUAGCUAUGUUAAGAACUACUAAGUAGUUUUAUAGAAGUAGAGGGGGAAAUACUGGUGUUUUUAUUCAUUACCUUUUUUUAAAAUAAGUGCCAAUCAGAAGUUGUAAAUAAUGGUGCCUUACUUAACUUUAUAUGCUUCUCUGGCACUUCAUUUCUGAUUUCUUUUUCCUGAUUUGAUAAUAAGUAAUUUUCACUUAAUUUCAGUUUACUAAAGACAAAAAAAAUUAUGUACAUUUACUGAGUUUUUCCCACAAGAUCAUUUUCUCUACUUCUGAUGUGUGGUUUAGUUAUUAUGACUGUCAAGCUGUUUAAGGUUUUGUUGUCCAGUAACUGAGUGAGAUUCAGUGAUGUAUUCUGAACUCUCAUCAUUCCGUUAUAAUCCUACAUUCAUUCCCAGGGGUGUGAAGUCAGGUAAUACUGUUACUUCCACGCAUCUAUGCUUCAUUUCCUUAUUAAGCAAGUGAAAACUGUUCACCCCCAUGCUCAUUCCUGUUUGGUAUAAGAACUCCAGGAGAAAGGCAGACUCUUCACAUGAGGCCUAGGACAAGGAUUGUAGGGUCCAAACUGAAUUUUAAUAUAGACUUUUAUGGAAGUUGUCUUGUAAAUUGGCAUACAAUUAUAAACACUGUACAUUUACAUGAAAGAUUUGUAUUCCAUAAUACAAUGAGAUUCAGAACCACAGGGAGAAGUUUAAAAUUAUUGCAGUAAACAUUAAGAUUUUUUAUUAGUUGUUCAUUUAACUUCAGACAUAAAUUUGUUUAGUUUAGAUAAACAUGUAUAUGUAAUAAAUUUCAUGGUUAGAAUAGAAAUUCAAAUACUUUUUAAAUGGCAAUAGAGAUGGAGCAAUAUGGUGGUUGUGAGAAAAUUGACAAACUGUUUACUGAAGAAUACUAAAAGAAAGGACAAUCUCCAAUCCAGUUGCCCAGAACAAAAUUUUUAUGAACUGCAGAUGUUUAAAAAAAAUAAUGAUAUGUGCAGAGCAGAAACAAAAGAAUUGAAGAUAUAUCAGUGGAAUAGGUUUAAAAAAAUUAAAAACUUGAAAUUUUUGGUGCCUAACACUAAUGGUCCAUUUGUAGGAAAACUGACUAUGGUAUAUGAAUGUCUUUUUUAAUAUUAAAAUUUAUUGUCUAUUUAAUGGUAAUUAAAAUGCAGAACAAAGAGGCACUUUUUGCUUUUUCUACAUACAUUUUUUUUCCUUAAAGUAGCUUUGCAAAUAUAAAGUAGAAAUUUUCGAUUAAGUUUUUGAAACCUAAUUCCAUUCCAUGAGUUGUCACUGUAAAAAAAAAAAAAAACAUAACUCUUUGUAAAAGGUUAAUUGGACUCAACCCAAACUGCUUUCUUACGAUCUGUCACAGCAGUAUCUUUUAGCACAAACAAUAGAGCUAGAAAAUGUGAUGUCACUUUUCAAUUAUAAGAAAUCUGGGUUUAUACCCGAAAGUGUAUAUGAUGAUUAAUACUGUACAGUUAACAAAACUUCAGAAUAAGAGGUAACGUUUUCUCUUAAUUUAAUUCGUUUUGUACCUUUGGUCAUUAAAACACACACAUACAUAUACACACACACACAUUAAUGUAAGUUAUUUCUUUGUGAAAUGUUAAUCUUCAGUCCAUACCAAAAACAGCAACAGAAAACAAGAGGGUAGCCUCUGCACUACUACUAUUCCAGCCAAUUCUAAAUCAGUUGAAUUUUUUUUUAAGUCUAACAAAGUAAAUCUGAAAAACAAGUCUGAAGACACUAAUUUUUAUGUAUAAUCAAAAUAUUUUAUACCUACCUCUAUUGAGUAAAAAUCAUUCUGUUACAUAGAAGCCCUAUGCCAGAAGAAUUCUUUCCUCUUGCCAGUGUUUUGGGAUUUGAAGAUAAUGGUUUUCACCCAAGAACCUAUUGUUUUCUCUACUGAGAAACCCAAUGUAGAACUGGCACUGUUGUUUUUAUCAUUUCCUUUAUACAAAUCUGUAGUUAUCUAAAUGUCAAGGCAUGUACGACGUUUGAUAAAGGUUUUUUUUUUUUAAAUUAAGUAUAAAAGUUUCAAAAUCUUGCCUUAAAUUAACUGUUCUUUGUAGUAUUCAAGUAUUGUGGUAUUUAAAAAGCAAAACGUUUACUUUUGAUAAACUUCAGGUCAAAAAAGACUGACCCCCACUGUCAUAAUCCAUAGAUUUACUUACAUGCUGUUUCACGAGCAGUGCAAAUACGAAUGAAUAGAACUAGUCUCAUCUAUAAGAACCAAAUGCUUUAAUUAUAUCAGGACAGUGAAUAAAGAUGUAUAAUAUUUUUAUUAAUACUUUGAAUAUAUUCAGUGGAUUGAAUGUGACUUUAUAACUGUACUAUGAUUGUAUUAAAAUAUUUCUGGAAUAAAGGAACUCUGCUGACAUUUCUUUCCUUGUUGACAUAUUUUGGUUUCAAACUUUUAUAUGAGCUCACUGUUGCUGCUCUUUGCAGCUUACCCAGGAAUUUAUUAAGUUCAGUAAUCCUGCAUUUCAGAACUGGCUUGUCAGUUUCUUCAAAAAAUGUCUAAAUAGAGAGUCUUAACUUCUAAGUGAUUGUUUGAAGUUAUGAAUUGCUACUACUUUGCUCCAGUCCUCUCACCAUUUUGUAGGUAUGAAGUGCUUCUGUGAGUAUUGGUUCCUGGCCUUUGG